CUUAGAAAGAGUGACAACAUAUCCCUUUCAAUAAGAUAAAUAUGAGCAGUGGCCUUGAGGGUGUUACAACAAGCAAGUUUUGCGGUUGGCGCUAGUUGAAUUUGUCCUGUGUAGGCUCGCAAACCAGAUCGGAUACGCCCUUUUUCUUUUUUUUUUCGACUUUUUUUGCCUCACAAACAAAUACAUGGAAAAUAGUUUCAAGACUCAGGAGCUUAAACAACUAUUAUAUAAAGACCUAAAGAUAGACAUGGCCUUUCCUUUCUUUCCACUAGGCGCAAAAGCUGGCUCUGCUGCUUGUUGUGUGGUCGACACGGAUUGGAUAGAAAAACUCACUAACAAUUCAACCGAGAUUAUUGAGCUGAAAAGUCCACGUCAUUCUCGAAUCACAACCGAAGGAGGAGCUAAUCAGAAACAGUCGCCUACAGUCAAUGUAUACGUCAACCUGUUACUUAAAUCAACAGCAAAUAGUUUAUCUAUCUACGAGCCCUCAGAGUUAAAGGAUCAAAAGCAGUCGACUGGCGUGUCUAUCACAAAUUAUCUAAAGUGCUUGGCAGAAGGAAAGGAAGCAGACCAAAAGAUCGAAGCGUUGAAUGAUGCCUUUGGCGUAUACAAGCCAAUAUUUGAUCCAGCAGAUGAAACUCACGAGAUCUUCAUACAGAGAAUACUUGACCUACUUUGGCCCAAAUGUAACUGGUUUAAGAAAACAAGAGAGAACACGACCCAUAUCUUUCUUGAGAAAACGAAACGAUCCAACAGCCAAGAUACAACUGAAAACUGUAAUUCGAAUUUAUCAGAUAUGUUUGCUCUAGUUGAAACAGAAAAUGCGUAUUAUUUUUUAUCUUCUUAUCGGGGAACAACGUUACAAGAUUUACUUACUUACAAUCCCGGUGUGCUCAAUACAAAGUUGAAAAAGGGGUUUGUGACCUAUCAGUUGCUAAGAGUCAUCGCAAGCUUGCACAGUCGAGGCAUCAUGCAUGGGAACUUGAAGGCUUCUAAUAUAUUGAUUGAUGAAAAUCUAUGGAUACAAGUAACCGGGCUGGAGUAUGAACCUAAUCCUGCAGACUUUGACAUAAGAAAGUGGAUCUAUGAAAAGGAAAUGACAAAGAUGACUAAAAGCAUACCAGAAGAACCCUUGGUCAUCCAAUGGGUCAAGGGAGAUAUUUCAAACUAUUCCUACCUGAUGGCUCUAAACCAUUUGGCCGGACGACGAGAAGGAGACCCAAACUUUCAUCCGAUCUUGCCCUGGGUCACUGAUUUCUCUGGAGACCGCAUCGAGGACGGCUGGCGCAACUUUACGCAUACCAAAUUUAGAAUCAAUAAAGGCGAUGAGCAAUUAGAUUUUACAUUUGAUGGUCCUGUGCCACACCACAUUACUGAUAUUUUAUCAGAUAUCACCUAUUACGUAUAUCAAGCGAGAAGAACGCCUAUACCCGUACUCUGUCAGUUUGUAAGAUCCAAGUAUGAACCUAACGAGUAUCCUUCUUCCAUGCAGCGACUCUAUCAGUGGACGCCAGAUGAAUGCAUACCCGAAUUCUAUACAGAUCCAACUAUAUUCAAAUCUAUUCAUCCAGAUAUGCCAGACUUGCAAAUACCCAAAUGGGCUUCGUCACCUGAAGACUUUAUUUAUAAGCACGCUCAAGCACUUGAAAGUGAAUAUGUGUCUGCUAAUCUACAUCAUUGGAUUGAUUUGACGUUUGGAACCGACUUGACUGGAAAAGGCGCUGUGGAUGCCAAGAAUGUGGCUUUACCUUUACUAGCAGGACAAAAUAGCUUUAUGAAACAUGGUAUUAUACAGUUAUUCAAAGAUAAGCAUCCACAACGAGGAUGUAAUUGGGGUAAAGGGAAAAAGGAGUUACAACAAGCAGCAGGUACUGAAAAGGAACAAGCAAUAAAACAACCCUUUAUACAGCGACCCGCCAUGAUCGCAGUCAGCCGUAAGCAAUCGCCUUUUCAUUACGACAAUCCAAACGGACUCGUAUCCUCCCCUCUUCACGCAUUCUCCACAAGCACUCCAGCGACGACGACAACGACAACGACAACGACGGCCACAAACAGUAUCUUGUCCAUUAACCGAGACCGAACACCCUCUGUCCAUUCGACCACAUCCUCUAUAGAUACCAGUCGUAGCCUGCCCUCAUCCUUUACUGAGCCAUUGGUCUCUUCUUUACGCAACGAGCCCAUACGCAUGCCAAUAUCCAUCUGUGACAAUUGUUUCAUAGAAGACUUGGAGCAUUAUGAGCAUUUGGCUGCCUUUUCUAGCAAGUACAAGUUGCAAGUCGAUGAGCUCUCCGUUAAUCCCGUGUAUCCCAAGUCGCCUUUACGAUACAGUAUUGAUCCUACCGAGAAUCUAGAGCAGCCCUUGAACAUGUUUGCCAUAGGUGCAGCGUAUGAUAUGUACUGCCUGGGCAAGAUGAUUCAAGACAUUUAUACGGCCAAUAAUUCGAAUGUGGCAGAACAAGAAACGUCGUCUAAUGGAAUGGAUAUAGUGACUUUUGAAAAAACAGAGAUGCCUGUGGUCAUUAAAAAAGUAAUCGCUGCAUUAAGGUCGGAUGGUUGGGAAGAUAGGCCUACAGCCAAAUCAAUUUUAUCUGCUAGUGACCUUGGUUUUCCUUUAUCGGAGGCCAUACCUGAAAUGUAUGAGUUUUUAGCAGCGUUUCACCAAGCGGAAUGGUCGCGACGGCUGUAUUUAGCUGAUAAAUGGAUCGAUUGUAUCUGUGAAUUAGAAGACGAGGCUUUCAUGCUGAUUCUACCUAGCUUUUCUCAGCUAUUCACUCAUGUUGAGACACGAAUUGGUGCAGUAAGCCUGUUUCCAAAGCUGGCACAACGUCUAGGCCCCGAGAUGGCUCUUCAGCAUCUAUUGAAACGAAUCAUAUCCCUAUUUGAAGCACUACGACCUAAUUUACCCAAGACACUUUUUGACACCAAGAUCAUUUUUGAAUUUAUCAAACGACUGGGCAUUUUAAAAUUCUUACAGCAGAUGUUGCCAUGCUAUCUCGAGGCUCUCUCUGUACAGGAAGGAACGAAUAAGAAGACGGCCGAGAUGGCAGCGCAUUCACUCGUUCAUAUCUGUAUCUUCCUCGGUCCUAUCUUGACCUCGAAACACAUCAUACGCCAACUUGUCAAGAUCAUGCUUCGAGAGAACCAAGAUCGGACGAUCAUCAUCCAAGUCAUGGUUCGUAUUAUGAACGAAUUCGGUUCCACGUUCACAGCGGUUCAAUAUUCCUAUUUGAUCAGCCUCAUCGACACGUAUCGUGCCCAUCUGACUGUGAAGAAUGCUCGAACGAUCUAUUCGAUUCUGAUUUUACUUGAAGAAUUGUUGGCGUAUAUGUUGAAGGAAGCGGUUGUGACAGAGCUCAAGUCGGGAUUCAUAUCUACGCUUUACUUGCUUCUGGAACCGUUCACGGAUGAUGAAAGACCAUCCAGAGAAGACUUCAAGUUGAGAUUAACGCUUAGCGUUAAGACUAUCAGGUAUUUGCUCACAGUGAGCGAAAAGAUACCGGUUCAGGACUGGGACUCUACUGUCGUUCCUAUAUUACAAAAGUAUUUCUCUGGUUUCUCUGUGCUGAAUGAAGAAGACUCGGUAGAAGAAGAGUUGGCACCAUUGCAGACCCAAAAGAAUCAUCAGAUGAUGUAUGCUUAUUUCAAGUUUUGCUCUAUUGUCGGCAAAGAAAAAAUGCAUCGUAUGAUUCCAACAGGUGAAGCUAUUGAGAAUAUGAUGUAUGACAAAUUCUCUCAUGAAAAUCAAUUGCAAGCUACUUCUCCUACACCAGCCAUAUCUCGAUCAUCAACAAGAUUCAUCACUAAUCGAGCAUCCAUCGCAUCCUUAGCCAAAUCAGAGUCCUCACAGACAUCCAGUAAGUUGAUGUCUUGGAUAUCUGCAGGCAAGCGAGCGUCACCUGAGUCAAGUCAAAGCGACACAUCUUCCAUCAGUUCACUCACUGAUAGUCAAUGGAAAUACGAUAUAGAUGAAGAGAAGCUGUGCGUGUAUGCAUCAAGAGAUCUUUACGAAUUCGGGAUCCCUUCAAAGCCUCUUAUCGACACAACGUCGCCAGAGGACGCGACUUCAUCUGCAGGUGGAAACACAAGCUCUGCUUUUGGAACACCAGAUCAACGGGCCAAACCAGAUAGCUCCAAAGCGAAUGAAAAGGAAAAGAGCAAGGUGCCUACCAGUGUUCUGCCAUGGAAGACAAGAUGGAAGCCAUCCUCUGAAGACAUAAAAAAUUGGAAUCGGUUUCUAUCUACUAAUUCGGAAGAAAUGUCAAAGUCUAUGCAGUUUUCAUUCAAUGAUUUGAAACUGAGAGGAUUUGCUGGACAUACAGGCGCUAUCAAGUCAUUCUCUGUGAAUGAGCCUUCAAAGCUGUUUGCGUCUGGAUCAAGAGAUAAAACAGUCAAGAUAUGGUCAUUGAAUGUUCAUCAAGGUAUAGAGCACUGGGAAAUCGAUCCGUUCUCUGAAAGCUUGAUGACCUAUACUGGACAUAGACGAGGUAUCGUUCACGAUGUUCAUUUCUUGACUACCAUGAGUGAUACUGUAGCGAGCUGCGAUGGACACAUUCAUCUAUGGAAUCCAGAGACAGGAGUAGGACUACAUCAAUUCAACACUGGACGAUCGCCCAUUGUAUCUGUCAAGCCCAUCUUCCAUUAUCGCCAACUUGUUGGAGGCACAAUGGACGGUAAUUUGACGUUUUAUGAUACCCAUAAUCACACAGCAUUACAUGUAUGGAAAACUAGCUUGAGCACAACUGCAAUCUUUCGAGUGAUCGCUAUGAAUCCAUCAGAAAAGUUGAUUGCCAUUGGAUAUUCAACAGGCACCAUUUCAUUACUGGAAUCAAGAACAGGAACACUUGUGGCAAGCUGGAAAGGAGGAGAAAGCGAAAUUACUUCGAUGAAGUUUUAUACUGAUGAUAUACUUGUAUCAUGUGCAUCAGCUGACCACGUUCUCUAUUGCUGGAAUGUCAAUAGAUUAGCACUUGUUAAGAGUAUUCCUAUACAACAAGAUGUGACAUCACUUGAUAUCUAUAAGGAUGAAAUUAUCACAAUCAACAGUAAUAAUUCAGUAUCAUUUAUACCAAUUAAUGAUGAUUUUCAAGCUUACUCUUCCAAGUUUAAACCAUCGAUUAUCAAAUCGCAAGUGAGUGCAUUUGGUAUUAUACCAACGGAUCAAUUAUUACUAUUUGGCUGUGCAGAAGGCGAAAUAUUCUUGUAUGCAUAAGAUGCUUUGAAAUAAAUGGCAGAUCUCAAGGAUAUGGUGGCACUUUAUCUGAAAUGAAUUGUGUUACAGUAACAGCUGUAGCACCACUGAAAAGAGCGAUCCAGUGCCACAAUGAAGCUGUUUGUUUUUUUCAAUAGUGAUUUCCAAUUUGACAUCUGCCCUGUUUAUCAGUAGCUUGUUAGCUCUAUUUUAUGUGGCGAAAGUAGGGAGAAAAGCAUAAAUAACAAAAUGCAAUAACAG